AUGCUCUCUCAACUCUUCUUCAUUCCAACACGUAAGAAGGAAGUUUUGCUGCGUAUUACCAUUCUCGCAGCCAUCUACGUGUUGGCCUUCUGUGUUAGGCUUUUUUCAGUCUUCAGAUAUGAGAGUGUCAUUCACGAAUUUGAUCCAUAUUUCAAUUUCCGUUCCGCUAAAUAUUUGGUAGAUUACGGAUGGUAUGAUUUCUACAAUUGGUUUGAUGAUUUUUCUUGGUAUCCUAUUGGACGUGUUGUAGGAGGUACAGUGUAUCCAGGAAUCCAAAUUACAGCAGCUUUCAUGUAUUGGAUUUUGAGAACCAUCAACUUUACCGUGGAUUUAAGAAAUGUCUGUGUUCUCACCUCUCCUUUCUUUGCUUCCAACACUGCCAUGAUUACAUAUGCCUUUACAAAUGAAAUUGCUGGUCCGAGCGCAGCUUUGACAUCCUCGAUUUUGAUUGCCAUCGUUCCUGGAUAUAUUUCUCGUUCCGUUGCUGGAUCAUUUGAUAACGAAGGUGUAGCCAUUUUCGCUUUGAUUUGCACUUUUUAUUUGUUUGUUAAGAGUGUAAGAACUGGAUCUCUUUUCUGGAGUUCAAUUGCUUGCUUGUCCUAUUUCUACAUGGUCAACGCUUGGGGAGGUUAUGUUUUCAUCAUUAACUUGAUUCCAGUCUAUGUUUUGGUAUUGCUUGUCACUGGUAGAUUCUCUCAUCGAUUGUAUGUGGCUUACAGCUCGUUCUAUAUCCUAGGUACACUCCUGUCCAUGCAAGUCAGAUUUGUCAAUUUCCAAGCUGUUCAAACAAGCGAACAUUUAGGUGCAAUGGGUGUAUUUGCUUUACUUCAACUUGUGAACUUUGUGAAUUGGAUUAGAUCUUUACUUGAUGCGAAAAUGUUCCAAAGAUUGUUUAGAUUUGUUGUUUCAACAUUUACUUUGACUGCUGUUGUUGCUAUUCUAAUUGGAAGUGCCACAGGAUAUAUUGCUCCAUGGACUGGUAGAUUUUAUGCCAUGUUGGAUCCAACCUAUGCCAAGAAACAUAUUCCAAUUAUUGCUUCUGUAUCAGAACACCAACCUACCACUUGGGCAAGCUUCUUCUUUGAUUUACACAUUUUGGCUCUUUUAUUCCCUGUUGGAUUAUACUUUUGCUUCCGUGACUUGACUGAUGCUUCAAUCUUUAUUAUUUUAUAUGGAAUGUUCAGUGUGUAUUUUGCUGGUGUUAUGGUUCGUUUGAUUCUCGUUCUUGCUCCUGCUGCCUGUGUUUUAUCUGGAAUUGGUAUUUCCAAAACUCUCAAAACUUAUAUCCGUGCUCUUAAAGCCAAACCUUCAAAGACGGAAUCAACAAGCUCCACAGAUCAAAAGAAGAAACCACAAGCUUCUAGCUCCACUGAAAAGACUCAAAGUCAACUUCCAAGAGAGAUUGCUCUUAUCAUGCUUAUUUCAAUGUUAUUCCUUUUAGUAUUCUAUGUUGUUCACUGUGUUUGGGUAACUUCAGAGGCCUACUCAUCUCCUUCUAUUGUGUUGGCUGCUCGUGGUGCUGGAGGAAGAAGAAUUAUUUUCGAUGAUUUUAGAGAAGCUUAUUACUGGUUGAGCGAAAAUACUAAACCAGAUGCCAAGGUCAUGUCAUGGUGGGAUUAUGGUUAUCAAUUAACAGCCAUGGCAAAUAGGACUGUAUUAGUUGACAACAAUACAUGGAACAAUACACAUAUUGCGACAGUUGGUAGGGCAAUGGCCUCUAAUGAAGCAAAAGCCUACAAGAUUAUGAGAGCUUUAGAUGUUGACUAUGUUUUGGUUAUUUUCGGAGGAGUAACAGGUUACGCAUCAGAUGAUAUUAACAAAUUCUUGUGGAUGGUCCGUAUUGGUGGAAGUGUUUAUCCUGAAAUUAAGGAAGCAGAUUAUUUAUCACCAAGAGGAGAAUACAGAAUUGAUGCAGGAGGAAGUCAAACAAUGCUCAAUUCAUUAAUGUACAAAUUGAGCUACUACAAGUUUGGUGAAAUGAUGACAGAAUAUCAAAGACCAACUGGAUAUGAUAGAGUACGUGGAGUAGAAAUUGGCAACAAGAACUUUGAAUUAGAACACUUGGAGGAAGCAUUCUCUUCUGAACAUUUCAUUGUUAGAAUUUUCAAGGUCAAGAAGGAAGCCAAUAGAUCAUAA